AUGGCACCACCUCCUCCGUCACCACCACCAAUUUCUUUGAAGGUAGUAAUCCUUUUACUUAGGGUCUUGACUGCGGUUUUCCUCGUUAUAACAGUCAUCAUCCUCAGCACCAACAGUGUCACAAUUGAAUCUCAAGGAAACUCAUUGAAAUUUCAUUUCAAAGAUGUUUAUGCCUAUAGAUACAUGCUUUCAGCUGCCGUCAUCGGACUAGUUUACGCGGUCAUACAACUAUUCUUCACAAUCUCCCAAUUCGCCACCGGAAUUAAAAACCCUUUAAAUUAUCAAGUAGACUUUUACGGUGACAAGGUAAUAUCAUAUCUAGUGGCGACAGGAUCAGCUGCUGGAUUUGGAGUGAGCAAAGAUUUGAAAGAUGUAUUUAUAGCAUUAGUCGCGUUAGAUUCGACCGAUCCUGUAGAUAAAUUCUUCAGCAGAGGUUACGCAUCAGCUAGUCUUCUUCUAUUUGCUUUCAUUUGUCUUGCAGUUUUAUCUGUUUUCUCAUCUUACGCCAUUACCAAACGACCGAUUUAG